AUGCCUAGAGACGAUCUGUCGAUCGACUGGGUCAGGAAGAUGCCGGCGGCCGAGGCCCUCGACCCAGCUAUCGUCCUCGAUGACUGGAUCAACCGCGUCCAGAACCUCCCCGAGGAGAUCCGCUUCAUGCAAGACGAGAUUGCCGACAAGGACAGGCAAUACCAGGAAUGUGUCAAGCUUGUUGACGACCGUGACGGCAAGAUACAAAAAUGGAUCAAGGCUCAAGGCAGCCAUGAGGUCAACCCGAAGGAGGAAAGCCUGAGAUCGCAAAUCCGCGACAACUUUGUGCGCGCGGACAGGCUGGCAACCGAAAAGAUCAACUUGACGCAGCGACUACAGGCCAACAUGGACAAACAUUUACGAAACCUCGACCAGCACAUCAGCUACUCUACGAUCGCGCCGAGCCGGGCACAACAACAUGCGGCUUCCGCACCGGCAACGCCGGCUGCGAGUAUGAUUCUCAAUCGACAGGCACGCGAGACUUCCGCCGGCCCGGGGAGUGGGGCACCGAAGCGUGGACCUCGAGCCAACUCUGGACUGGGCAAUCUACCUUCAGCGUCCAGCGCACUAGCCAGACACUCAUCCCUAGGUCCCGGGACUCCAAAGGGCUCUGCGGGACCAGGGACGGCCGCCGCCACUGUUCGUGCCGGCAGCGCUGGUCCCCGGUCCGCCUCUCAAAAAGCGCUGAGCGUGUCAGGCCUGGGGCGCAAGGGCACUCCGAACGGAGUCAAUCGGAAAAAGGCACCGAAGUCGUCACUGUCACGUGUGAAAAAGUCUGGCAACAGAAAUUCGCCGGCGUCUACGGCAGAGAGUGAGUUGUCGGAAGCGGAGAGUGCAAGUAUGGACGAUGGCGAUGAGCGGCGACUGGACCGAGCCAGCGGUACACCCAACCGAGAAGGCAAAGAUGGAGAUGGCGACGAGAGCAUGGGUGAGGCGGACGACGAUGAUGCUGGAGAUGACAAGAAAUACUGCACAUGUCAGAAUGUUAGUUUCGGCGACAUGGUGGCUUGCGACAACGACGACUGUCCCUAUGAGUGGUUCCAUUGGUCCUGCGUUGGUCUCAAGAGCGAGCCCAAUGGGACCUGGUAUUGUCCAGUUUGUACGGAGAAGAUGGGCAAGAAGAAGUGA